AUGCCAAUUUUAAUCGAACAAGAAGUAUUCGACCAGAUUCCCGAAAUGUUUCCUAAUCAACCAUAUUUGAAACAUUCAUUCGAUUCAAUCCGAUCCAAUCCGAUUCAAUCCGAUCGAUCAAAUUUACUUGUUUUAACAUAUAAUACAUACAAAAACAAAUAUUCUCGAUCACUUAUCAUCCAAACAAUCAAUAUUCGAAGCACUGAGUGCUGUCCAGUUCAUGCAAAUAAGGAUAUUGUUUUAACGCUGAACAGCUGGUUACACAAAACCUUAAGCACAGGUGAGAAGAAAAAGCAGCUAGCUGUUACGAUUGUUUACAUUUAA